AUGGGUGAUCACAUUGUGGAGUAUGGUAAGAUUUUUGAUUAUAAAGAUGAGAUUUUGAGGAGUAAUCCUAGUAGCACUUGUGUUGUGAAGGUUGGAGAAGAAGAUGUAAUUGGACAGAAAAUCUUUCAAGAACUAGUUAUAAUAUCAGUACUAAUAUGUGGAAAAUCAAGAGCCAUCACAAACAAUGACAGUGGUAGAGGAAGAUGUAGAGGAAGAGGUGUUUCAAGUCCUGCAGAUGUUACAACUCAAUCUGCAGUUGCUGUUACACAUACAGAGCAUAUAAAUGAUAGAGGUCGAGGAAUAGGUAGAAGAAGAGGAAUAUGUCAAGAAAGAAAUGUGAAUGAAAGCAUAGAUAGAGGAAGAGGAAUGCCUCAACAUAGCCAAAAUAGUUCUAAAGCAACAGGUAGUGGAAGAGGUAUUAAAAGGGGGAAAAGACUAGUAGAACAUGAGGACAUCAGUGGAGGACAAACAAGAUCUUUUAAAAGGCCAAGAAUGGUAGGGAUUGGAAUAUAUCAAGCUGAAGAUGGCUUUACAACUUUUAAUCCUGAUUUGUCAAGUAAAAGAGUAAUCAAUACUAGUACAAGAGUGACAAAGAGAGCUGAUGUUGUUACUGGUGAUAUUGGCUAUACACCAAGACGUGAAUUCAAAUGGAAAGGUAAGACAACUAUUAUCAGUAGCAAUCUAGAAAGAAUGAGGGCUGAAAAAGUUAUCCAAAUCAGGUGUGCAACUGCUACUACUAAUCAAAGCCAAACCAGUUCAACUAGGAAGACCCAUGUGCCAUGA